AGCAAAGAAAAGCAGCAACAAGCAAAUUUUUCUAUUUUGUCAUUUGGUCGCGCAGCGGUGGCCGGGAAGGGUGCUGUGGCCGCUCAACUAGCUGCUGUGAUUGCCACACGUUACUCGGCGGUCAGGAAACAAUUUCGGACAGCUGCAGGAGAAGAGCUGCCAGUUAUUGAAUAUGCAAUGCAGCAGCAUAGGGUAUUUCCGCUCAUCGCGACGGCUGUGGCGCACCACAUAUUCUAUCGUAAAUUCGUUACAAUUUGCUACAAGCACUUCAAAAAUUGCUUCGAAAACGAAGACGAUUCAGAGCAGCGGAAGCAGUUGUGUGCGACGUCACGAGAAUUGCAUGUCCUUGGUUGCUCAGCAAAAGUGAUAUUGACGGAAACAGGAGUAAACGCUUUGGACGAAGCUCGUCUCGCGUGCGGUGGCCAUGGGUUCGUCUAUUAG